AUGGAUGACAUCGAAGACCCCUCCGGCCCUAGCCGUCAAGAACUCGCUCAACGUGAACAAGAGGAGAAAGAACGCAAGGCAAAGGAAGAUGCUGAACAAGCAUCAUUGCCCUACAAAUGGACACAAACCAUUGGCGAUGCAGACGUCACCGUCCAAGUGCCCGCCACGAUCAAGGGUCGAGAUCUAGAUGUCGUUCUCACAAAGACGAAGAUCAAGGUCGGGCUGAAGGGGCAACCACCGAUCAUAGAGGGCGAUUUCCCCCAUCCCAUUCGCGCGGACGAUUCCACAUGGACUCUGGAAACGACACGAACUGGGAAAGAAGUCUCUAUUCACCUUGAUAAAGUGAACAAAAUGGAAUGGUGGCCGCACAUCGUUACAACUGCGCCCAAGAUUGACAUCACCAAGAUUACACCCGAAAAUUCGUCGCUAGGCGAUUUGGAUGGCGAGACGAGGGCAAUGGUUGAAAAGAUGAUGUACGAUCAGAGACAGAAGGAAAUGGGAAAGCCGACGAGUGAUGAGCAAAAGAAGGCGGAUUUGCUGAAGAAGUUUCAGGAAGAGCAUCCAGAAAUGGAUUUCUCGAAUGCAAAGAUCGGUUAA